AUGAAGAAGUUUUCUCGUUGUUUAGAAGAGACUCUUCAAAACCUCUUCAGCAUAAAAAUGAGUCUUCUGUCCUCCAAUCAAUUUUCGCAGUUCAUUCAAGCUAUUAAGAACUAUCCUGCUUUGUAUACGCGUUCAGCCGAUGAGCAAGAUAUGCAACUAGCACAUAAGGAGAUUGGAGAACGCUUUCAGAUUUCAUCGGGCGCUGUGGACAAACUAUGGCGUCAAAUUGUUUCUUGGCACAGACGUAUGCAUCCAAAUGAGGAUGACACUCGAUUUCUAUUGAAGCAACCAGAAUCUGACUCGGACGAUCCAUGGCAGGAAGCUGAUGACAGAAUGGCCGAAUCUCUUUCGCAUUUUUUCAUUGAUGACUUGGAAUUUCUGUUGAAAUGA